GUGUGUUUACACCGCGAGAAAAACAGUUGUGAUCGAUCAUGAGGCGAGAGGUUUAAAUUACUAAAAAAAUCGCUUCAGAUUCAAAUAUAUCCCAUACGGAAGUGCUAUACUCAAGACGAGAAGUCAAUCUGAUUUCGCGGUCAGUUUUUAGAGAAAAACUUCAUCAAAUGAUUCACAAGAUUUGAUAGAGGAAUUAACCAAGCUAAAAAACAAGGAUCAACUCCAGAACUGACAUGACUGGACAUGUUGGAGAUCUGAGUUUCAAUCAACAGUUUGUUCUUGAUCAGUUCCAAGAGCGCAUUGCUGAUGUUUUACAACCUUACCAUGAUGACCACUUCUUACUUAGAUGGCUAAGAGCUCGCAAUUUUAACCUUGAGAAGUCUGAGUUUAUGCUUAGGGAGAGCCUGAAGGUCAGAAAAAAACUGGGACUUGACACAAUACUUGACACUUACGACAUUCCUGAGGUACUACAGAAGUAUUACCCAGGCGGAUACUUUGGUUAUGAUAAAGAAGGUGCACCAGUAUUCAUUGACCCAAUAGGAAGAGUGGACUUUAAAGGAUUGUUAUCAUCCAUCAAGAAAGAUGAAGUGAUAAAAUUCAAGGCAUACACAGGAGAAUAUGGAUUGGACUUGGCAAGCAAACAAACUGAGAAGCUUGGUAAAAGAGUUGAUCAGCUAGUGAUAAUCAUGGAUGUGGACGGUCUUGGCAUGAAACACUUAUGGAAGCCAGGAGUGAUGACUUUCAAUGAGGUGGCAUCAUUUUAUGAAGAUAAUUUCCCAGAGGUUAUGAAAAAUAUAUUGGUCAUAAGAGCUCCAAAGCUGUUUCCUGUGGCUUAUGCUUUGGUAAAACCAUUCCUCAGUGAGGCAACAAGAAACAAAGUACAUAUUCUURGAGAUGACUGGAAGCGAGAGCUGCAGGAGUACAUAUCAGCAGACAACCUGCCUGUAUACUACGGAGGGACAUGUACAGACCCAGAUGGUGACCCAAGGUGCUCUUCAAGGAUUUGUUAUGGAGGUGAUGUUCCUGAGUCGUACUACUAUGUGCGAGGUCAGACAUACGGAAUGACAGACAGCUAUCAGAAUGGCAUUGUCAAAAGAGGAAGUACACUCAAGCUGGACUAUGAAGUCAUAGUGCCGGGAAGUAUACUAAGCUGGGAGUUCACGUCAGAAGAUCACGAUAUUGGUUUUGGUGUUUACUUCUCUGGAACAACAGAAGACAAGUACCGAAGGAAAGAAAUGAUCGAGUUGAUCCCAUCUCGGCGUCUGGAUUGUCAUCUCAUCCCAGAACAAGGGUCUGUCACUUGCCUGAAGCGUGGAACUUACAUACUACGAUUUGAUAACACAUACAGCUGGACAAGAAACAAAAAAAUCAUGUUUUAUGUUGAGGUGAUAGAGCCUGAUGACCAAGAUGGUGCUCUUGAAGAUGAUUUCGGCACUCCAGUCUAGAACAACCAUUCACAUGGAAAUUAAAUUUUCAUGUCAAUUUUAAUGAUAAUAAUAAUAAUAA